GCAUUUCCUAACCAGCCUUCAACUCAUGCUAACAAAACUGUGACAUGAUUUAUUUAAGUGUUUAUGGAAUAACGAUUCACUGUGAGAAAUACAGAAUCCUCGAAUUUUUUCUCACAAUAUCGUGAAGCGAAAGGAAAAAUAUCCUCGGAGGAAAAUAAUAUUUAGAAAAUGGUAAACGAAAAAGAAUUUUGGACAGAAAUCCGUAAAGACAUUCCUAAAUACAGGAAAAGAAAGCCAAGAGUAGUACCUGCUUUUACUAUUCAAGCUCUGCAGGAUAACACAGUGGUCGCCAAACCACCGCGGUGUGGUUUAUACAAACCGCGACCACCUAAACCGUCAGCAUUUAGAAAAUUUUACGACCGUGGUGUGUUUCCUAUAUCUUUAGAAAAUGAUGGUUUUGGUCCAAAGAUAACAUGGAAAGUGAAUAUAGAGGAUCUGGAUUUUCAUCAUUACUUACCUAUGUUCUUUGAUGGACUAACAGAAACCGAACAUCCUUACAAAUUUUUAGUAGAACAAGGAAUAUCCGAUAUGCUGGCCCAGGGUGGUUCAAAAAUUCUUCCCGUAGUUCCACAAUUAAUCAUACCCAUAAAAGGUGCUCUAAAUACAAAGGUACCUGAAAUCAUUUGUACCACAAUGAGAGCUUUGCAAAGACUUGUGCGUUCAGCUGACUGUGUUGGCGAAGCUCUAGUUCCUUAUUUCAGACAAAUUCUACCAGUUCUGAAUUUACUGAAGGAUAGAAAUGUGAAUCUUGGAGAGGGUAUAGAUUACUCGCAGCAGAAGGGAGAAAAUGUUGCGGACCUGAUACAAGAGACUUUAGAAGUUUUAGAACGAUACGGUGGUGAAGAUGCUUUCAUUAAUAUAAAAUAUAUGGUUCCUACUUACGAGUCUUGCAUAAUGAAUUGA